AUGGAAAAUGCCAGUGUUCUGAAAGAUAAGGGGAAUGAGUUGUUCAAAAGCGGCUCAUACCGGGAAGCUAUCUGUAUAUACAACCAAGCUUUGUUGGAGACAGAGCUGGAUGAUGAUAUUCGCUGCAUUCUGCAUCGUAACAAGGCUCAGGCUUUUCUGAAAUUGGAGGACUAUGAAAACGCUGUUUCAGCCGCCAGUGAAGCACUCAGAAUUCACCCAACUGAUGCCAAAGCCCUGUUUCGUCGAGCUCAAGCUUACGAGCGACUGAACAAGCUUCAACAGGCGUUAGAAGACAGUCGCAAACUGAUACAGUUGGAACCAAAAAAUACAGCUGCACAAAAUCUAGCCAGGAAAAUAGAAAUGACCGUUGCGUCAAAAAUUGCUGUUGCCGAAAGUCUUCCAUCCAAAGUUAACGACAUGUUUGCUCUGAUUGAUAAGGAAGCUUCAGAUAUACAAAAAUUGGAAUCGGCUUUAAGCAACCUGGCUGCCCUGGUUAGUGAAAGUGGUGCAACGGCAUCCAAUUUAAUUUGGUUGCAUCCGAAACUUGAACUGAUCUAUGUGCUGUGCAGACACACGGAACAAAAAAUCGUUUUGGCUGCUCAUCGAGUUCUGGCUUAUUUGUUCGAACAUCACAUAGACAGAGUAAGUUUAAACUGA